CUUAGUUACAUAACUCCUACAUAUACGUGUGUUGUGUAUGUCUGUACUUCUCCGGCGCCAUUCCAAUUCGUCGAGUAGGAGUCAGGUCCACGAUAUUCUAUUAAAUUGUACAUUCAUGUAGGGCAGGUCCGAGUACUCGGUACUUGGGACAUUUAAUCCAAAGUUAGGCGCCUCUUCUUCUUCCUCUUCCUCGUGCCGUUGGAAUUCACCGACCACCCAUUUGCAUGUUGAUUAUUUCAGAACAACCUGACUUACCGCAACUCACCCAAUUCUUUUGAGUCUCAUCCUGAGUUAAUCAUAUUGUUAUCGUUGUCCUUAAAAUAAGAAGCAUCAAUAAAUUUACAAUAUUCUUAUCUCGAAGUCGUUAUACCUAUUUCUACAUAGAACCUCAUCUCUCUUCAUCUUUCCUCCUCUUUCUCUCUCUCUCUCUCUUCCUCUUUCACCCUCUCUCAUACACCUUCUCUCACCCUCGACCCCUCUACUUCCUGAAAUUUGUUUCUCGUCCAGCUGUGAUAAUGGCAAGUUCAGGUUCAGGCACAGAUGGUGCAGUAGGCAUGGCCGAUGUUCUUCAGGCCUUGAAAACUAUACAAGAGAGCCAGAGUAGAUUAGCAACUGAAGUUGAAUCCGUUUCCCAUCGACUUGAUGCUAUCACCCCAUCCGUUCAAGUGCCAAGUUCUGGUCUCACUAAGGAAGCCCUUUCAGCUCUUGCUGUGGUUCCGUCCUCUCCGGUCCAAACGGCUCUGACCGGCAACGACCCCGACCCCGACAGCACUUCUGUGUCCGGGGAGGUAGUCCAAGCACAGAAAGCAGGCUUCACAUCUCGCAUCAUUCUCACUACGUAUCCUAAACAGAUCGGUAUCAACCCGAUUUCACUCAAUUGGGGUGCUUCGGACGCUAUCAGCCGUGGUCCCGUGGUUGUUUCUCGAUCAUCGUCCACGAUCCGAAGACGAAAUGCACAUGGCGGCUCCUAUUCCAUUUACUUCGCUCUUGCUGUCGCUAGCAAGCAGCUUAAUGUCAACCACAGACCGGAUUUCACCAAUACGGAGCCAGCAGCCAAUAUUGGCCCAUUUCCCCAAUGGGGCGACAAGAAGAAGAUUGUUGCUAUGGACCCAUGGGGUCAUUUAGCGCCAUGGCUCUUUUCUGAUACUGUAGAAAAGGAGAACGUUGACAUCCGCCCGACUAUUGCUAUUACCAAGGCUCAUAUGAAGCUUCCCGAGCUCGAGGAGAGUGUUCGAAGUGGUAGACUCGUCCCUGAUGGGAAGGUCUGCUUGAAUAGCGCAGGUGAACUUGCUGUGACCAAGUUCGCAGUUGAGCCAGUUUGGUAUCUUCCUGGCGUAGCUGAAAGAUUUGGCAUAGACGAGGCCGUUCUAAGGCGCUCGCUUUUCGAGCACACUGGUGGUAGUUAUCCAGAACUCAUCACACGUGGUGACAUCAAGGUUUUCUUACCUCCAAUCGGCGGGCUGACUGUCUAUUGCUUCGGGGACCCAGCAAAGAUGUCUGAUGCAAACUCCAAGCUAGCCUUGCGUGUACACGAUGAGUGCAACGGUAGUGAUGUGUUCGGAUCCGAUAUCUGUACUUGCAGACCAUAUCUUAUCUUCGGCAUUGAGGAAGCUGUCAAAGAAGCACAGAAUGGUGGCAGCGGUGUCGUCAUUUACUUCAGAAAGGAAGGACGAGCCCUAGGCGAAGUUACCAAGGUACUUGUAUACAACGCGAGAAAACGAGGAGAGGAUCGCGCCUCGGACUAUUUCAAGCGAACCGAAAAUGUAGCUGGCGUGAAGGAUAUGCGCUUCCAAGCCCUUAUGCCAGAUAUCCUGCACUGGCUCGGCAUAAAGAAGAUUGACAGGAUGCUAAGUAUGAGCAACAUGAAGCACGAUGCUAUCGUUGGUCAGGGUAUCCCUAUCCACGAGCGGGUCGAACUCCCCGAGGAUUUAAUCCCCGCAGAUUCGCGGGUCGAGAUAGACGCCAAGAUUACAGCUGGAUACUUCACAACCGGCCACAGGAUGACUUCUGAUGAACUGAAAGCCGUGCAGGGUCGGAUGUGGGAAGACAUCGACCACUGAUAGAAUAUGGAACAUGGACUGGAACUUUAACUGAACUGAACUGGGAGCUCAGCUGGGGGAACUGGGCCUUUCCCGAUGACUGAUGUAGGAGUCAACUGAAACUGCGUACGUGUAUGCGCACAGCUAGGUAGAAAAACUUGAUCUUGGCCUAAAAUCCCCGCUUCUGCCAUUGCCACGAGUGAGACUAAUGUAUGUAUGUAUGUAUGUAUGUAUGGUAUGUAUGUACAUGUAUGUUAUGUACACUAUGCAUUGCAAGAGGCGCGUCUG